UCGAUUAAUUUAAAAUUUAAUUUUUAAAAACAAUUUGAUCUAUAGGAGCUUGUUGAAAAUGUCUGCGUUGCGCUCGGUUUGCCGUACUUGUGGCAAAAUUGUUGGAAGUGGACGGGCAACCAAACUUUUUGACAAGUCCAACUACAACUUUAUUAGUUUGAUUGAAAACAUCACCGAUAUGUUUCUGGAAUUUGAUAAAGUCAUGCCACAUCUCAUUUGUAAUGGUUGCAAACAGAUGCUGAUCAGGGUCUUGGCAUUUCGCAGCAAGUGCUUAAAGGUUCAUCAGUCCUUUUUGGCAACCAAGAAGAAACUUUUGCAUAGAAAGUCUGUAGUUGUUGAUCAACUUGAUGUGGAGGACGAAAUGGAUGAGGAAGAGAUUGAGGAUGAUGGGAAUCAACCGGAGGAUCUUGAAAAUGAUCUAGAAGACGAGGAAGUGUUUUUGCUAAAGGACUUCCAGGAGCAAGACCAGGAAGAAGAUGAUGAGCUCCAAGAGGAGGUGGAGUACCAGGAGUACCUGUUCCAAGAGAAAGAUGAAUACAUGCUGAACCAGAGCCCAAAGACCAUAAAGAAAACCCAUGUCCGCCAGUCGACGCAGGCAAGGCGCAGUACCAAAACUUGGAUCUGUGACCAGUGCGGCGGGGUGUUUAAGUGCUCUACGUACCUAAAGCUCCACUUGCUGCGCCACACCGGGGAAAAACCAUUCGAGUGCGACAUAUGCCAGGCGAAGUAUUACGCCGAGAAUGAAAUGCGCCGUCACCGGAUCCUACAUACGGAUGCCAGGCCUUAUGCCUGUCGCUUUUGCGGCAAAACCUUUCGGGGAUGCAGCAGCAAGGUGAUCCAUGAGCGGUCGCACACCAACGAGCGGCCCUUCCAGUGCCAGCACUGCGACAAGGCCUUCACUUCCACGUCUACGCGCCAAAGACAUGAAAUGUUGCACACCAACCAGCGGAAGUAUCACUGCGAAACCUGCGAUCAGUGGUUCUUGCGAUCUACCCACUUGACCAUACACCAGAACACCAAACUGCACAAGCGCAGAAUGGAAAGGGCUUUAAAUCGGUAAACAAAGACAACAUUACAUUACAUUGACAACCUUAAAUGGUAAAAAACGUAUUUUUUUUAACCUUAACAUUAAGAUACAAAUGACUGCCCAAAAUUUAAUAAGAUCCGACUGAGAAUCAACUUUUUUUAAGUUUCAAUAAGAAAAACAUCGUGUUUUAAGUUUAAUUUGAUGACAGAGAAAAUUAACAAUAGCAUUGAUUGCUUUAUUAGUUUAUAAACAUACAUAGUUUUAGUUAAUUUGACUUCGACAAGAUAUUUGUAAGUGUUGGGAGCUGUGGCAGCCUAAAAGAAUUGCAUAGCCCAACACACAUAAAAAUGUUCAUAUCCUAUUGACUCCAGAUUGCUUAAGUGUAAAAGAAAUACUUAGAAAUAAAAAAAUAUGAUAUUUUGCAUUUUACUGCCAAUAAAAGCACCAAAA